GCAGAGAAGCCUCUGCAAAAGACCCAUCCACUGAGAACAAGCCACUUCUCUGCUUUCUGAAUUUUCCAAAUGGACCCUAUGACUGGUGCUUACUCAUACAUGGCAAUAGAACCCACUGCUCUGUGAUCUGCAGUGAAGAACUGCAUUCAAAGAUUCUUAAUGUUUAGAAAUAUGAUGGGGCAUAUAGAUUUGAUCCUCCUAUCUGCCUUCCUCUCGGUUUCCAUGACAUCUGAAACAUUUGAUUCUGUGGAAGGUGAGGCUUUAGUUAUAAAAUGUUCCAAAUGGACUUCAGCUGUGAAAAUCACCUGGUAUCACAUGGAUACUCACAAAAUAAUUCCUGGAGAAGAGGAAGGAUCACGAAUAUUUUCCGUAGGAAACUUGCUUUGGUUUCUGCCAACUUCUAGAGAGGAUUCUGGAAACUACACUUGUGUAACACAUUUUUCAAGAAAUCGCACAAAGUUAUACAACGUGAGUGUGCAAGUGCAUUCAUACAAGCCAGGAGGAUGUUUCCCAAGUCGGCCUUAUUACCCAAAUGAGACUGAAAGAGGAAGAGUUACUUGUCCUACCAUUGAUAACUAUGAGAAUGCUACUGUUGUCCAGUGGUAUAAGGACUGCAAACCUCUUCAGGGACAGAGAUACUUGAAGGAAGGAAAAUAUAUUUAUAUUGAGAAUCCAAGAAGAGAGGAUGAUGGUUAUUAUACUUGUCAAUUUAUUUAUGCCCAUAAAGGAAAUGUGUUUAAUGUAUCAGCAACAAGAAUUUUCAUAAGUGAGGUGAAACACUCACCUCUACGACCUGAAAUCAUAUUUCCAAAGAAUAAAGAUGUAGUAGAAGCAGAGCUCGGUGCUGCUUUGUCUCUGAAAUGUCAGGCCCGCCUGGGGAUUAAGAAACAGCCACUGGCUGCUGUCAAAUGGGAUGUGGAUAACAUCCCAGUGGAAAGCCUUAGUUUUUCAAGAUUUCAUGAAGAAACUAAUUUUUUCAAUGGACAUGAUCAAGUAUACUAUGGAGAGACAACUUUGAAUAUUACUGAAGUAAAGAAGGAGGAUCUGCAGUCAAAUUUCACAUGUAUAUCGUUGAACAUAAUGUCCAACACAAGAGUCACGGUGACAUUGCAACUCAAAGUGAAAUCUGAGGAGGUUCUUCCUAAUGUCCUCCUGAUCACAGGAUCUCUGGUUCUGCUCGGUGCAAUAGCAGUCUCAGUUAUCCUUUACCAGUCUUUCCGAGUUGAUAUCGUCCUGUUGUAUCGGGAGAUAUUCCAGCCCUACUCAGUCAAGGAUGAUGGAAAGACAUAUGAUGCAUAUGUUAUCUACCCCAAAAACCACACCAGUGAAGCUAAUUUUGUGGAAUAUUUUGUUUACCAAGUCAUGCCAGAUAUUCUAGAAAAUAAAUGUGGAUAUAAAUUGUGUAUUUAUGGGAGAGAUAUAUAUCCUGGAGAAGAUGCAGCCAGUGCAAUUGAGAAGAUGAUGCAAAAGAGCAGACGGUUGAUCAUCCUGCUGACACACCAGCUGAUUAAUUCUAAAGAAGAUUCUUAUGAUCAACACAUUGCUUUAUACAAUGCCCUCAUUCAAAAUGACACAAAGGUGAUCCUUCUGGAAAUGGAGACAAUUGGAACUUAUGGGAAGCUUCAGGAAUCUCUCAGGUUUAUUAUUAAGCAGCAAGGUACCAUCAAAUGGAAAGAGGAGCACACGGCACACCCACAGUCACCCAAUUCCAAGUUCUGGAAGCAGGUGAGGUACCACAUGCCACUGACACCCAGGGCCUCUCACUCAGCUAACACCAGGUGAGCAGUCUUGGAAAACAGCACUGCACUACCAGGGUAACUACAAGCCCACAGCUGUGUUUCCUUUCAGAAUGUACAUGACUGCACAGUCUGGAAGUCUGGCUGUGUUUUUUGAUCUUUAUUCAGUCCUUCAAUUCAGUAAUGAUGGGUUAAAUUGAUGGAAGAGGAAAUGGAGGGAACAUUUUAUAGGUGUGUGAGUUCUGUAAAGAAAUAAUUCUAGACUGUGUGGAGAAUUUUACAUGUUACAGAAAACCAAAUGUACUUAUGCUCUUUCUAUAUAUAGUUGUGUAUAUAACAGAAGGUUAUGAUUGUGAAUAACUGAAUGUCUUGCAGGUUUACUUCAUCUUUGUAAUGCAGUUUAUAAAAUAUAAAUGUCUUCUGUAUUAUUUGACUUGAAAGUAUAAUGUGUAUUUUACAACUAGAAAGUAUAAUGUUAUGUUUUUGUUAACUUUUUUCCUCACACUUAUUCCUUUUUGAUUCAAUAGUUAUACUCAUAAGAUGAAAUUUUAUUUUUCCUUGGUAUGGAUGCCUCACUAAAGGGUCUUUUGAGACAGAUGUAAAUAUAGCA